UUUCACAUUUUUCGAGUUGACGGCCCAAGCGUUUCCCGACGUCGUCUCUUUUCAUUUCUUUUCAUUUCUCCGAAGCGAGCGGUUCGCCAGCAGUUCGUUUUAUUUUCUCGCCCGGAUCAAAAGGAAUCGUGUCGCAUCACAUCUAAUAGCACGCGCGUCGGCAGAAAGUGAAAAGUGUUCAGUGCAGUGAGUCGUGAGUACAAUGAUUCUGGAUGUGGAACAUCCUCAGCAAGGCAUCUCCAAUGCAUGCCUCGCUGUGCGCCAGUCGCACUACCGGUGGCGGUUCUCGCACAAGCGGGACCUGCACUUCCAGCCAGCGGGCGAGCAGGAGCAAAAGCCCUUGCACCAGUUUUACCGUAGCCUGAUGGCGGGCAACCGUCGGUGCGGCGGUCGCGUCGUCAGCCGCCACCACUACUUCAAGCAAAGUCGCGCCUUCCUGUGGUUCCUGCUGUGCAACUUGCUGGUCGCCAUACCCCCCAUCCAGUCCCAGCUGCUAAUCAACGUCCAGAAUCAGGGCGGCGAGGUAAUCCAGGAAAGUAUCACCUCCAACAUCGGCGAAGACCUGAUAACGCUAGAGUUCCAGAAGACAGACGGCACGCUAAUCACCCAAGUCAUAGACUUCCGCAGUGAGGUUCAAAUCCUCAAGGCCCUGGUGCUGGGCGAGGAGGAGCGCGGCCAGAGCCAGUACCAGGUCAUGUGCUUUGCCACCAAGUUCAACAAGGGCGACUUCAUCUCAUCGGCGGCGAUGGCCAAGCUGCGCCAGAAGAAUCCGCACACCAUCCGCACCCCCGAGGAGGACAAGGGCCGGGAGACCUACACGAUGAGCAGCUGGGUGCAGCUCAACCGCUCCCUUCCCAUCACAAGACAUCUCCAGGGCCUCUGCGCCGAGGCCACCGACGCCACCUACGUCCGGGACGUCGACCUCAAGGCCUGGGCGGAGCUUCCGGGCUCGUCGAUCUCCAGCCUCGAGGCAGCCACCGAAAAGUUCCCGGACAUGCUCUCGACGCGCUGCAACGAGGUGAGCAGCCUGUGGGCGCCCUGCCUCUGCACCUUGGAGACCUGUAUCGGGUGGUAUCCCUGCGGGCUCAAGUACUGCAAAGGCAGGGGCACCCAGGUGGCGGCGGACUCGUCGGGGGCGCAGCAGCAACAGCAAACGAAUUACCGCUGCGGCAUCAAGACCUGCCGCAAGUGCACACAGUUUACCUAUUAUGUGCGCCAGAAACAACAGUGCCUCUGGGAUGAAUGACGGCGCGGAGAACUGCAGCUGAUGCAGAUGCAGAUGCGCUGCGCCAGGCGGCUGCAGAAUGACACCGAUGCCUGUCGGGGCGUGGGAAUUGGCAGUGAGACGGCGGCAGCAACAGGAACAACGACGCCAGCAACAAAAACAGUCCAAGAUACAAUGGCGACAACAACGACUACCAACAAAUUACGGCAACUGCUCUUGUUGGUGCAGCAGCAGAUGCCUUUUGCUCUUUGGAGCUUUCCGGUCCAUCAGAUUUCGCAAUACCAGCCCUAUUCCCAUUCCCCGAAGCAGAAAAUGUCCCAGCAGCAUCAGCAUCGAGUUACCACCACAUUGCACCACCCAUCAUCAUCAUCCAGGUCCUCAUCAACCUCCACAGCCUCUCUGGCGGCCAUCGUUGCGUGAUAAUGAACGCCUGGAACAUCCAAUGUUGCCACCCUCUCCUCGGACUCAAUGGGCCAACAAAGAAGAACUGAGUGGAGUGACACUCCUUCCGCUCACGAUUCAAGAUUCUGGACACUAGCAUUGGAACUGCAACUAGGAGUGAAGGCAAAUAUUUGUAAAAACUUGCUUCUGUAUACUAUGUAUAUACAUACUUAGCUUUUAGCCAACCUAUGUUUACCGAUUACGCCGCAUUACGUUGUAGAUAUAAUAGGGUAGCAGUCCCAAAUCCAUUGAAACCCAGGGAGCUCGCCCUUCUUUUUGGAAAACAAUUUUCAGUUAUUUUUUACUAUUUCUAUUCCAGCUACCAUUGGCCUGCUUUCUCCACCCAUCUGCGUAUACAUUGUCUGCUGAAAUUUUAUUUCAAUUACCCUUUCACGGCGAUUUAUGCUUCUUUAUUUGUCCUCUCCUUCACUGUACUUUUCCUGAAUAAAGCCUGACUAGAUGUACCAGAAAUGCUGGAAAAGGAAUCAGGCUGCCAGCAUGUCCCCCGCCAUUCCGCUGAGCUCAAGAACAUUAAGUAGGUAUAGACUAUAAAUUAAUUAAACGUGGCCUUAGCAUAUUUCACGAGCGGUAGACGAAAAGGAAUUAAUUGAAUAAUGGAAUUUGUCGGGCCGAACAGCCGAACUCAUAAUUAAUUGUGCUCAUAAUAGUUGUAACCGAAAACCAGUAGAGAUCAUGAUUUAUUGUAUUGCCACACUUAGGGGAUAGUGAGUGUGAGUACUCCAACUGAAACGACUGCCGCACUAAAGCUUUUCUACUUUUUUUUCAAAAAUAAACAUAUAAAUGUAUGUAUUUAUGGCUGUUUUGAACCACAGUCCCGUCUCCUCACUCUUACUUUUUCUCCUAUCUUAAAUCUUCUAUAAAAAAUUAACCAAAACCGAAAACACGCCUGCCUCUUUGCCUUUUGACUUGUAACUCUCCACUUUGUAUUCGAAACAACUGAAAUACCUUACGGGAAAAUAUCUUAAGCAAGUUUAUGAUACCAAUAACAAACAAUACUAAGAACAAUAAUCUAUUGUAUAAAUUUCAAGAACCUAGUCUACUUAGAGUGUUAGAGUGGCAUAUUUUCCUAAAAGCAUACUGAACCGAAUCAAACGAGGACUAAGUAGAAACAAACAAGGUCCCAACUAGUUUCGAAAACGAGUAUAACCAACGGUGAUAAUAAUUUUUCUACUUAUAGAGCGAAAACUCCUUUGACUCACCUCCUUUGUAAAAACUGAAGACGACGAGUGUAAAAAUUGAUUUAGUAUUAGUAAGCAUUUAAACGUUGAUCGCUUGAGGGCGAGGUCAAAGAUCUGAAUCGUGUAAAGAACAUAGCCAAUAAUAAUCGAAUAAUCGACUAGUCCUAACAAAAUAAUUGAAAUUAAUAAAUAGUCGUAAUAAAGAGAAGAGAUUCUACCUUUUAUAUAAAAAGUA